GUGCUAUAUGUUGGUUUCGCUUCUCCACUCUGAUAUAUCUUUGCUAGACCUAGAUUUCUAAGCGGAAUAUCUCAUUAGGUAGACCUUUUCGUCCCAUUCACACCGUCAAUAUCGCCAGCACUAUGGCUUCGCACAUGCUACACAACAAAUGUGCUCUCAUAACAGGUGCCGCUCAAGGUAUUGGUCGUGCGACAGCUGAACUAUUCGCACAAGCCGGCGCCAAAGUUGUCAUCGCAGACAUCAAUGAUAUUGAAGGGCAAACUACGGUCUCUGCGUUGCAAGAGAUAGCAAAGGAUAUCGAAUCUGCCGAAGCCUAUUUUGUGCAUACAGAUAUCUCAAAGUCCGCUGAGGUGCAGCGUGCCGUCCAACAGACCGUGCAAAAGUUUGGCAAGCUAGAUGUUGCAAUCAACAACGCGGCAAUUACUCCAGACCGUACAUCUCUUUUCGAGUUCGACGAAGAUUACUGGCGGCGAGUUGUUGACAUCAACCUCACGGGAACAGCACUCUGCUGCAAAUAUGAAAUGCAGCAGAUGAUCAAGCAGAAGACAAAUAAUGCGUCGAUUAUCAACAUUGCCUCUAUUAAUGCAUUUCGACCACAGCCUAAGAUGCCAGCAUACACGGCAACAAAGCAUGCCUUGGUUGGCCUGACUAAACACGCUGCGAUGGAAGGUGCUCAUCACGGAAUCAGGGUCAAUCUUGUUGCGCCUGGAGCAAUCCAUACUCAGAUGUCAGCCGAGUCACUGAAGAUUGUUGGCGCAACACAUCAGCAAAUCGCAUCUGUGGUUAGCCUCCUGGGGCGGUUCGGCGAAACACAAGAAGUUGCCCAGGGAUUAUUGUGGUUGGCUUCAGAUGCUGCCUCUUAUGUCACAGGCGUCUGCCUCCCAAUUGAUGGUGGAUUUCUAGCUCGAUAGAUGAGUACGGUAUGAUACAAACUGAGCCUUCAGUUAGACUAUAUUUAGGUAUCAGAAUGUAUCAAAUGGAAAUGGCAGAGAUGAUAGUCCAAAUAUCGAAAUGCAGCUUGACGAUUCCAGUUGGUCAUUCACUAAAUAUCUUAAUUGCUCCAACUUGUUGCCCCAUCCUCUUGGGUAUCUUAAGAGCAGCAUAGGUUGGAUGCGGUCACGUGCCCUUAUCGGUUAUCUGAUCGG